AUGCUGGAGUGGGCCAGGUGGGUGAUCCCCCUCAGCUCGUUGUACUUCUGCUAUUGGUUCGCCGUCACCAGUCACAUCCAAUGCGAUCACGUCAAUUCAUGCGCCAGUCUUCCAACUUAUUGGUUCUUCAUGCUAAUAUUCGCCGCCAGCUGCUUUGCAGUUCCGUGGUACAUCUUCAGCUUCACCCCGCUAGAACAGACGCUUUUUGAUCGCGCCUUUUGGAUGAUUCACGCGCGGAUUCAAGAACGAGCGCGUGAGCACUGGCUGAAGCUGGAAUGCGCGAACCAAGAUAUCGAGCCCAUCAGAAAGAAGCUUCUUGUCAUCGGGGCUGAGGAGGCCAACUGG